UCACUCGUCCUCGGGGCAGCCUCGCACAGCGGAGCUCCACGCUCACCGUCAGCUUGGGAAGUUUUUUAAUGUCGACUCUUCCCAGAAGCUGCGCUCAGUGACCGUGCCUCUCGGUGAGCGAGCGGCUGAUUGAAUUGGAGGAAGUGGACGUCAUUUCCCCAGGAAGCAUCCAGGGGAAGCCCUGCAGUUUGGAGGCCCAACUCCUGACGGACAGAUGCAGAGGAGACACAGCCAGGGGAAGCGAGGGAUCUGCCUGCCUUUUGUCCCGCAGCUGGAGGCCGGUGCCCAUCCUGGGAAGGGGCUCCUGAGCAACCGGUUUGGACUGGUUCUGCUGUGCUGGCGAAAUGGGCCUUCGUGCAGCAGGCUUGGGUUUGCUCAUAUGCGUUUUGUCUUGUCGGUCCCAGAAGCUGGACCCAGAUGGAAGGAAUGUCUGCCUGUAUCGAAGUGACCCCACGUCGCCCGUCUGCUGUUCUGGCUGGAAGCAGGAAGGCAGCGAUUGCCCGACAGCUCUGUGCGAGGGUGAGAGUGCCUGUCAGCCCAGUGAGAUCUGUGUGUACCCCGGCUUCUGUCGCUGUAAGGCCGGCUUCUACGGGGCCAGCUGCCGGACCCGUAAGUCUCUCCUCCUGCUCCCUCUUUUUCUGCUCCCUCUCAUUCUGAUACACACUCUCUCUCUCCCUGUUCUCAGUCUCCCCUCCUAUACUCGACUCGCUCCUCUUCCCACGCAGCUGCACCCCCACCUCCUUCUCGGCGUUGACAAGCCAUGUCUCUCUGUCUUCCGGUUAGACAUCUCUCCAGUUGAGGGGGGCGAGUUCCAGGAGAUGAGCUCCAAGUGCAACAUGUUCCUGGACCCGUCGGGGUUCAGCGGCGAGGACGUGGCCUCAGCCUUCUCCAUCCCCCGCACCUCCAGCAUCGCCAAAGCCAAGCGCCCGUCUGUCUCCUUCGCCGAGGGCACCAAGUUCACAACGAAGGAGCGUCGCGGCUCAUCGCAGGAGGGCGCCGUCGCUCCCCGCAAGUCCAAGUCUCCCUGGGGGGUUCUUAUGCUGUCUGUCCUGCAGCCUCCAGGUGCGCGGGGGGGAGAGGGGGUGGCGGGGGACGGCGAGGAUAUGCAGUCCGUCCCCUCGGAGGAGACGUCUGUGGACAGCGAGGUGAGGGACCUAGAAAGUGCCCCCCCCCGCAGCAGCAGGCGGCGAACCGGGUCCAGCGCGCGGCAACGUGUCCAAGCGCAGGGCUCCGCGGAGCCCACGGCCUCGGACCCAGACCGGAUCAGCACCGUGUACGUGAUGGCGGGCGCGGCCGGCCACCCGGGGAAGGUGGAGCCGGAGCCAGCAGUGGAGGGCCCGGUCCAGGCCGUGCUGCGGCGCCUGGGAAGCCUUCAGAAGCCGAGGGGGGCCGUCUAUAAGCCUCCACGCCGAAAGCUGGGGGCCCGGGUCACCAUGUGGGAAGAGGCUGCCGAGAGAGGGGGUGCCAGCCGAGAGGCAGCUGUGCGGAAGCCGAGCAGGCGGAGGCGUGCUCCCCUCAGCUCGCCUGCGGCCGUGGGCUCCAGUGCCACCUGGCGGGAGGGCGGUCCGGCUGAGAGGCCCGCGUCCACCAUCCUGGUGAGCGUGCGGGAAAGCCCCGCGGCGGCCGACACCAGUGACACUGGCUACCUCACCAUCGGGGCUGCGGCGGAGCCCACUAGCGCCCAGGAUGAGGACACGGACGCCAGCGAGGACCCGCACUACGAGAACGUGGCGCCGAGGUCCUCGUGAGGCCGCAUGCGUGCCAGCCUUUGCUCUGAACACACUGACUACGUUUACAUUCAUUAAGGCCAUGUGAUGAGGUUGGUCUGACACUGACGCUCUGAGAAUCUUCGCUAGUCUCCUUCACGUGGGUGCCUACAUCCAGGCCCCCUCCCCAUUUUUUGUCUGCCAUGUUAAAUUCUAAACUGGUGUUUCUCAAUCUGGUCCUCGGGGACCCACGUUUUUGCUCCCCCCGAGCUCCCUGCCAGACAGUCCACAUUUUUGCAUCCUCGAAACUUGGCACAAAAACGUGGACUGUCUAUGAGUCCCCGAGGGCCGGACUGUUAGCUUUUGUUUUCUUUAAGGGAGGAGUCCUCUGCAAUGGCAAAUGCAGUUACAUUUCCUGCUGUGGGGAUGAAUAUGCUUAUUAUGUGAUAGCUAGAGAACAUUUGUUAGACAAGUUAGGCUUUAUUUUGUGUAAUUUUAAAUACACUUUGAGUUAUUAAGAAUGUUUUUGCUAUGCCAUGGAUUUGCUUUAAGUUUGACCACAACAUGCUAAAUUAAGAAUGAGAGCGAGGUUGCAGUCCUGCAUUUCCUCCAGUGAAGCCAAUUACUCUCCUAUAGCUUCUGAGGCAGGUGAAGCCUUUAUUCUCUGUAACCAGGUACAGUGAAAUUGUGUGUUUUAACUUGGAUCAACAAUAAGAUGUAAAAGUGGGUCACGCACCCGCAGGCAGAUAGUCAGGCAUUUUGUAGACGACAGUGAAUGACCAUUUUAGAAAUUUUUGGUCUUGCCUUUAGACUUGCAUUUUUUAAUAUACUGUAUAUAUAAAUAAAUAGUUGUUUGGUA